CCCCACCCUGGUGCCAGCGAGCAUUAGUUCGUAGAAAAAGAGUGAACGCAAGCUCGUUGAAUAACCCUGUAUGUCAGAGGUGUGACUGAGAGAGAGAGAACGAGACAGAGAGAGAAAGAAAUGAGGAACAAGACAGAGAGAAUGCUUCUGUCGAAGUUCUGGCAAUCCCAGUAUUUCUCCUCAGCUGUGAGACCAAAUUAAGAUUCAAAGAAGAAGAGGGAGACUGCGUCAAAAGGAGAAGACAAAAAGGUCCCUGUUUAUGAUGAGAGAUUUAAUAUGUGGGCUCAGCAUGAACCGCAGCAGCUUUUUCCAUACCAGCUGACUUGCCUAAAGUAUUCAAUGAAGUAUAUUUUUUCUUUCUCCCAUUUUUAAGUCAGGGGUAGAAACUAAGAACAGGCAAGAAGGAGACGAAGAAAGGAUAUCUGUAGCAUUUGAAUGUGAGUCAUUCUCAAGUGGUUUUAAUUUCCACUAAAAGGGAUCGUGGACAUUUCUUUUGACUCAUCACUAUGCCAGACAAGUGGAGCUUCUGGAUUUUGGCUCUUUUCCACUCUUUUGUCACGGUCCUGUCGGCUAAACGCUGCGAUCAAGGAUAUGAGUUUGUUGGUCGGAAAUGCAAGGAUUUGGAUGAAUGUGAAUAUAACCCUCCAUAUGGCCCAUGUGGAGAUAAUACUCGAUGUUUGAACACAGACGGAAGCUUCUAUUGCCUGUGUGUUGAUGGUUAUCAAACAAGGACACGGAGAUCUAAUUUUACACUAGGAUCACAUGAAAACUGUGAAGAUAUCAAUGAAUGUUUUUAUAACGCACAAAUCUGUGGAAGCAAUGCCAAAUGUAACAACACAGUUCCACAUUAUGACUGCACUUGUGAUCCUGGAUUUGUCUCUCCUACAAAAGAAAAAAUAAUUCAUCGGGGUGAAAAUGUUUCAUGCAGCGAUAUUAAUGAAUGUCAAGAAAAUGUUUGUGGCCUUAAUGCAAAGUGUAUCAACACAAAAGGCAGUUAUUAUUGCAUCUGUGAAGCUGGUUUUGGAUUGAAAUCGAGAAAAUCAAACUUCACUGGAAAUCAGGAGCAAUGCGAAGACAUAUGUGGCCUUGAUCAAACAAUGUGCAGAAAUGGAACCUGCCACACUGAAGCAGGAAGGGGCCAUUACUGCAUAUGCCAUAGAGGGUUCAGUAACUAUGGCAACAUAAAGUCUCACUGCACUGAACUCAACUGUGAUGUUUUCAGAGACGUGAACAGUUUCAGUCAGAAUUUUCACAUUGUACAAGAUCAAGUGAUGGAGUUGAAUAAAAGCUGUCUGGACCUCGCAAGUAGUAACAAUUCAAAGAAGCUGAAUGGAGAGGACUUACUAAAGGUUCUGUUGUAUAUGAUUGAUAAGCUCUUGUCUGGUGGAUUCCUAAGUGACAACAGGAAAGUCUCCAGCUUUCUGGAUUUGGUGGAAUCCAUUUUGGCAAUGAUAGGACCUUUAAUCAAAACCCCAGGCACUAAAACAUCAUCUUCCCACACAGAGCUGGAGCUUCUGACAUUUGAAGGGUCAGUCCUACCCAGUGGAGGGAGGACACUUUCCUCUCAGCAUGCUCAACUGGACAUUGAGUUGGAGGUAGCUGCUGGAGACGCCUCCAGUUACCCCGGCUUUACAACAAUGUCCUUGCUCAGCUAUUCAAACCUGGACGAAUACACAGAUGGCUUCUUUAGUGGGAUAAAACCACAAGAGAACCAGAGGUACACAAUCAACUCUAAAGUGGUGACUGUCAUUGUCAGUAACAAGAACACAAGCCACCUCCAAGAACCAAUCAGAUUAACUUUGCAUCACCUUCAGCAGUUAAAUCAAACCUCCCGUGACUGUGUGUUCUGGGAUUCUUCAAAUGGAGAUGGGGCGUGGUCUACUCGUGGCUGCAGUGUGGUGGAGUCCACCCCGGACUACACUGUGUGCUCCUGUAACCACCUGAGCAGCUUUGCUGUGCUAAUGGCCCUCUACGAAAUCGAGGACAAGUUUGCGUUGCAGUUAAUCACCUGGGUGGGUCUUUCCCUUUCACUCGUUUGCCUGCUCAUCUGCAUCCUGACAUUCUCCACUAUUCGUUCCAUCCAAAGCCCAAGAACCACCAUACAUCUCCACCUCUGCAUCAGCCUCUUCAUUGCUAUUCUUAUCUUUCUUGCAGGCAUCUCUCAAACAGAGAACAAGAAAGGGUGUGCGGUGGUGGCGGGGAUGCUACAUUUCUUCUACCUUUCAGCAUUUUGCUGGAUGUGUCUGGAAGGCAUACAGCUCUUCAGGAUGGUGGUUCUUGUCUUUAACACCAACUUCAAAACCCUCUACAUGAUGGCAGGUGGAUAUGGAGUCCCAGCUGUAAUUGUUGCAAUAUCUGCAAUAGUUAACAGUAAGGGAUAUGGCACUGAGAGAUAUUGCUGGUUAAAGCUGGACUUCAUUUGGAGUUUCUUUGGCCCUGCCUGUGUCAUCAUCCUCGUAAACAUCUUCUUCUUUCUCAUCACUGUGUGGAAGUUGGCACAGAAGUUUUCAAGUUUAAACCCAGACCUGGACAACUUGCAGAAAAUAAGGGCAUUCAUCAUCACUGCAGUGGCUCAGCUAUGUCUGCUUGGAACCAUGUGGAUCUUCGGGUGUUUCCAGUUUGAAAAGGGCACUAUUGCCAUGUCUUACCUCUUCACCAUUUUUGGCAGUUUUCAAGGGGCUUUCUUAUUUAUUAUGCACUGUCUCGUUUCCAAACAGGUGAGGGAGGAGUAUGGGAACAUCUUGUCUCGACUGCUUGCACCUCGAAAGAAGAGAUAUUCAGAGUUCAAUUCCUCUAAUUCCAGUAAAGCACAUGCAUCAAAGAGUACCCAGGACACAGGAGAGUCGCACAUCUGAAGUGGUCAACUGUAUCAUGGGACAAAAGUCUGACUGGUCAAAGAUUUAUACUUCAGACAUGCUGUAAACAUCUGACUCCUCAUCUAAUUAUUGUGCCGCUUUGCUGUACAACAACAUGUUGUUCAUUUUUUCAAUAGUGAGAGGGUCUGCAUAUAUUACAAUGUUGGAAUAUCUACUAGAUUAGAUCAUUUUGGAAAACGAGGAAUUUUGUUCAAAGGAGAUUUCACAUUAAUAUAUGUUUUGUGCUUAAUUGUGUACAUUUGUGUAGUCACAGUACACAUGUUGAUCUCAUUAAAAACGGUCUAUUUUUAUAUAUAUAUGUAAAAUUUAUUCAGUGUGUGAAAUAAUGAAUUAUGCAAAGCAUUCUGGAAAAAUAUCUAUAUAAAACAAUGCAAUAUAUAUUUAUAAUGCAAGCACUUUCUUCUGUUAAGAGUUUUUAAUUGUUGUUGUAUCAAAAUGCCCCAAAGUAUGAUACAGAUUUGUAUUUUGAAUGUAUUUUUAUUCUAUUUAUUGUAUAUGUUGCCUAGGAUUUUAGCUGAGGUAGGUUUAUGGAGAAAGGUAACAGAAUUUGGAACGAGCUGAACUGUAUUGUUGAAAUGCCUUGAGAUGACAUUUGGCACUAUAAACAAAGAUUAAUUAAAAUUGAAUAGAUACAUUUUUAUGUCUAAACCUGCUACCGUAUAUGCUUUGUAACAUGUUUUUUCAUAUAUAUAUAUAUUGUUCAUUUGACAAGUUUAAAUAUUGUUAAAUACCAUUACAAAGCAGAUAUUUUGAUAACUUUAGUACUGGAUUAUUACUAGUGUUGUAAAAACAAUAUAUUUAGCACUUAUUGGGACUGUGUAAGUGUUCUUACUUUUAUUUUAUUCCUCUUUAUUUUCUCAUUUCAGGAGAUGGUGUAAAAAAAAAAGGCUUUAUUCCAAUGUCAUGGGCAACUGUAUACAUAGUGUUAACCUUUUUUUUGUUCGUUUUUUAUUAUUGAUAUUUUGCCGUGCACCUUAUAUUUGACAUCCAUGUGUAAUGUUUCAGAGUGAUUUUCUUACUGUGGUUUUCCUGCUUUGCUUGCUGGAAAAGAAGAUGGCAUUUAGACUUCCGAGGAAAGGGGGACUCUUUCAUAUUCCUUCCUGUUUAUGUGAGAUUAAAGACAUAAUGGAUUCAGGAACAGUUUGAAAUCUCCAAUGUGUUUCUUUCAUUUUAAAGGCAAAUAAACCUUCAAGAAGCCUUAGAGACAUGUUUUACUUUUUUUAAAACUGUGUUAACAAUGACCACAGAUUCCCCACAUUUUCAAACUUUGUAGAUUUAAUCAAUAAUUACGUUUCUUUUGCACAUGUAAACAGUCUGUUG